CUCAAUUUUCUCGGCCGCUACCGUUAGCAUUACAUUUAUAUGCUCCUCCCUGCCUCCUCUACUCGUCUCCUCCCGUCCUCCUCUUCUCUACUUGUCGCCAUGACGAGCACAUCUUCCCAGUUGAAGCAUUGAAGAUCGAACCAGUGCAAGCAAUAAGGUAAGAAGUGGUGUCAAUUGCAUCGACAGGUGCUAUGCAAUACCUUGACCAGAAGCGAGAAUAGACUUAGUGCAAGUGUUGGUUUUCCAUUCAAGUCAGUAGUGCCCUGCCUGAUUGCCACAGUUCCAUUGAAAGUGAGUUUAGAGAUGUGGACAACAAAGCAACUCCGCAUCGCGGUUCUGAUCACCUUCUUUUCUCCGGUUAUUGUGCGACAUCUGAUAGAGAACAGCCCCAUAUCAGGAACAUCUUGCUAUCAAAUUCUCAAUGCCAAACCCCUUGCAUGGUUUAGCCACCGAGUGGAUGCACCAGCAGCCAAUCUAGCGGAGGAUUAUUCAAGCAGACCGGAUCGCAGAAACUCCUCCACUGAGAGGCUACAUUGGCUAGACACAUGGGACCAUAUGAAGCACCUAACCAACAUCUCCACUGGCCUUCCUCAUGCGACUGAAGCGAUCAAAGAUGCAAGAACCGCAUGGGAAAACUUGACGGCAACGGUUCAAAAUGCAACUUCCCCGGGGAUAGAGAAGGGGAGGCUCUGCCCGUACUCGGUUCACGGAAUGAACGCUUCCAAGUCGGAGGGUGGUCACUUUACCAUGGACAUACCAUGUGGGCUUGUUGCAGGUUCCUCCAUAACUGUCAUAGGCACUCCUGGCAGCCUCUCUGGUAAUUUCUGGAUUGAUCUUGUCGGGACGGCACUCCCGGGGGAACCUGAAAAACCCAUUGUGCUGCGCUACAAUGUUCGUUUAACUGGCGAUAAAUUUGCUGAAGGUCCAGUCAUAGUGCAGAACGCCUUCACUGCAAGUAAUGGCUGGGGUUAUGAGGAUCGUUGUCCUAGCAGCAACUCCAACAAUGCAACUCAAGUGGAUGAUUUGGAGAGAUGUAACUCCAUACUGGGUAGAGAAGAAAAAAGCAUAAUGAACUCUACACAUCACACUGGUCCCAAGCAAGGUGGAAAGCCAAGCACAUAUUUUCCUUUUAAGCAGGGAUACCUUGCUAUCACAACUCUCCGGAUAGCACUUGAAGGAAUCCAUAUGACGGUUGACGGGAAACAUAUUACUUCAUUUGCAUACCGAGCGGGCUCGGAACCUUGGUUUGGUACUCAAGUACGGAUUUCUGGCGAGUUCAAGCUAGCAAGUGCCAUUGCAAGUGGAUUGCCUACCUCCGAACACUUGGAAAAUAGCCUUGAUCUUGAAAUGCUAAAGUCAUCACCUAUUCUAGACGGCAAAGAUCUCGACCUUCUGAUCGGGAUCUUCUCAACAGCAAACAACUUCAAACGUAGAAUGGCGAUUCGAAGGACGUGGAUGCAAUAUGAUGCAGUGCGUAACGGAACAGUUGCUGUCCGAUUUUUUGUUGGCCUGCAUACAAAUCUGAUGGUAAAUAAGGAACUCCGAAAUGAGGCACGCACAUAUGGUGACAUUCAGGUGUUGCCCUUCAUUGAUUACUACAGCCUAAUUACAUGGAAGACACUAGCAAUAUGCAUCUAUGGGACCAGUGCUGUGUCAGCCAAGUAUCUGAUGAAAACAGACGAUGAUUCUUUUGUUCGAGUACAUGAAAUCUACUCCUCCGUAAAACAGCUGAAUGUCAGUAACGGUUUGCUUUAUGGUCGCAUCAAUUCAGACUCGGGUCCUCACAGAAAUAAUGAAAGCAAGUGGUACAUAAGCCCGGAGGAAUGGCCUGAAGAGAAAUACCCACCAUGGGCCCAUGGACCAGGAUAUGUGGUUUCGGAAGACAUUGCAAGGACAAUCAACAUUUGGUAUAAAACAAAUCGUCUAAAGAUGUUCAAACUAGAAGAUGUGGCAAUGGGCAUAUGGGUUGACGAAAUGAAGAAGGGUGGUUUACCCGUGAAAUACGAAACAGAUGAAAGGAUUUACACUGAUGGCUGUAAGGAGGGGUACACUGUUGCUCACUAUCAAGAAUCAAGGAACAUGCUAUGUAUGUGGGAGACACUCUUAAGGACAAAUCAAGCAAUGUGCUGCAACUAAUUAAUCCAGAAGCAAUUUUGAUGGUGCGAAUAUAUUUUUUGUAAAUUCAGGAGUAUAUCUUUUAAAUUCAUGAACAUUUUUAAAAAUAUAAAAAUCCGGAUUUUUUUUCAAA